AUGAAGAGGGGACUCGACACAAUUUGCGGAGAGUCUAGUUUAGCGUCAUUCGGCCGAGGAUGCCGGGCGGGCAGUGUCUGGAAUAUUUGGGUCAGUCGGAUCAUCUUGGGCUUCUCCUCAACCUUGUCAGCAGCCCCCCGAUUGCUUGGCGGUCGCGUGCAUGUCCAGCUUCGCCUCGUCGCCGCCGAGCGCGCCCCGGAGCAGCUUCGCGACAUGAAGCGUGUGGUGCAGCGCAAAGUAGUUGACCCGCUCCCUCGUGAGGUCCUUGCUGUUGUCCAUGAUGAACUCCCGCGCGGACAGGAUCUACGCGACGGCCUUGGUCGGCGUGCCUUCGUGCCAACCGAUGACCUGCUUCCACGGCACCUCGUAAGCACCGGCAAUCUCCUUUUCUUUGGUCCAUGUAAGGUAUCUGUCGCCGCUAAGAGGAUCUGCUACAUCGACGACCUUGCUGGUCUCUGGUCGGAUUUUGUAGACAUGCGUUCUCUCGACGGUCUGUUUGCUCAUAAAGUUGGUCGCCUUAUCCUUACUGGCGCUUAUGAAACGUAG